AUGUUGUCGUGGCCUGAAAUCACCGAUUUGGUCCGGUCCGGCGAACUGCAACUGUUGUUGCGGUCGCCGGCCGUCACCGCUAGCUAUCAUCGCUACAAACAGGCCUUGGCAGAUCGGAAUACCACCGUGGCAGACGUGGUGGUGCACGAAAAACUACACUGGACCAGCGAAACGCUGGCCCAGUGCGCACACCAAUGGCCCACGCCAGAACUGCAGCUUCAGGCAAUGCUCAGCGAUCAACAGCUUUUCGCACUUCGCACAAACGACUUUCCGUACGAUUUCCCGGAUCACGUGCACCACCUGGUCCUGUGGAGCAAAGUACAGAUCCCACUGUAUGAGGGCGAUUCCCGCAAGAAAGUGCCAACCGUUGAAGCCAAGCUCCAGCAGUUUUUAAACACCAAUCUCGCCCGCUACGGUAUCGCAGAUUUCGCAUGGUUCAUCAAUUAUCCUUCAUUACAAAGCGUCAAAGCGGUGUCACAUAUCCACGUCUUGAUCAGCACUCGUGGCUCCGAAAAGAUCGCCCACAUCUUGGCAGACGGGUUUAGUCCCAUCUGA